AUGGCUCCACGUAAGGGUAAGGAAAAGAAGGAAGAACAGGUUAUCAGCCUGGGGCCACAAGUGGCUGAAGGAGAAAAUGUGUUUGGAGUCUGCCACAUCUUCGCCUCCUUCAAUGACACCUUCGUGCAUGUGACUGAUCUGUCUGGCAAAGAAACAAUCUGCCGUGUGACUGGUGGAAUGAAGGUCAAAGCUGACAGAGAUGAGUCCUCUCCCUAUGCCGCUAUGUUGGCUGCUCAAGAUGUCGCUCAGAGGUGCAAGGAGCUUGGCAUCACAGCUCUUCACAUCAAGCUGCGUGCCACCGGAGGAAACAGGACCAAAACCCCUGGCCCUGGUGCCCAGUCUGCAUUAAGAGCCCUGGCUCGUUCAGGCAUGAAAAUUGGCCGCAUUGAGGACGUGACUCCCAUCCCUUCAGACAGUACCCGCAGGAAGGGUGGUCGCCGUGGUCGUCGUCUGUAG